CCCCAGGACAGCUGGCACUGCAAGUGCCUGCAGCUCCUCAGCUGCUUCCCGAUGGGCGGAGGUUUUUCCAGCUACGCCUUGAAGACUGUGGUGAUGCACCUCCUGAGCACCGUACCCCCGACACGCUGGGGCAGAGGGACUUCCGUCAGCGACUGAUGGAUAUCCUGAAGUACCUGCGGUGCUCGCUGGAGACAAAGCAACUUCACCACUUUGUCGUGGGCAAUGAGAAGUUUCCCAAGGAGAUCAAAUUGCCCUCCGGCUUGCGGCUGGCUCAACCACCCAACCUCUUUCAGCCCCUGGCGAGCAGCCCGGAUGCCCACACGAAGGUCGUGCAGGAGUACAUCCGCCUGCUGCAUCGGCUCAAACAAGUGCUGAUCUGCGGCCAUUGAAAGGGAUCUUCCUGCACGGAGCUGUGCUUGUGGGGCCCCUUGGCAGACCCUGUAGAUAUUAACCUCCCGUAGCUAGUGCAUUUUUACAGUACGUGUUAACCCCCCAUAGUUAGUGCAUUUACUAUACGUAUUACAGCCCCGUAAUUAGUGCUUUUCCCAUAUGCGUUAGGACCCUCUAGUUAGUGAAAGUACCAGACAGAUUGCGACACUUUAGGUGGCGCUUUUCCUGUAGAUAGUAAUGCCCUCUAGUUAGUGAAUUCAGCGUUCCAGACCCUUCUUUGUUAUUGUUUCAAUAAACGCAUUUAUUCCUUAAAUGGACUGUGCAAGCUCUUCUUGAAAUCCAACAGACCUAGAAUACUGGCAAAUUCCACCAGUGGUGAAUUUGUGACUGGCUGGGAGUAGGCCCUGUUAUUAGCAAGCCUUUGGAACAAAGGCACGCCAUUCUCUCUCCACAUUGCUCCUCUCAAUGCUCUCCCAGGUGCAGAAGCCACUGAAGACCCUGGUGGCUCCAAAGAUGAGGUUUGCCCUGUGUUCCCCUUGCACAUGCUGGCCAUUUCACAGGGGCUCUGAAACUGUCCCUGGCAGCUCCGGCUGGGCAGGGACAAAGCAAGAGGCACCACUGCUCUGUGCAUCCUUCUGUGUUCGCUGGGGAACACAGUUCAAUGAGGAUCCUGCCUGAUCCCAGACACUCUGCAGGGCGUUGGCGCCACAGAAACCAACUUGUUGGGCAUGCGGAAGGAGCACUGUGCACUGUUGACAGUGGGAGCUGCCCACUGGAAAUCACCCCCCGUCAGCUGCUCAUCAUCCCUGGGAAACCGGGCAAUCAAGGUCCUCUCGCAGUGGCACAGCAGGAACUGAGAUCCUGCCAUGGAGAAGCCCCAUGUCAGCAGCAGCAGAUUCACCACUGCAACCCCCAGGACAGUCACUUAAGUGCCAAGAGCACCCCCACAAGCACACAUGUCAGCACCAAGGCAAGCGAUUCCGUCUCAGAGCAGGAGAUUUCUGUGCGCAAAGCCUUCACGGGCCAUGCCACCCAAUUUCAGAUUGAAAAGCUUUUGGGGGGCUUCUUCCCGUUUAUUCAAGCGAGCCGCCGGGGCUCCAUUAUGACCCGUUGGUGUGCUCUUUGCGUGGCUCACGUCUUUGCUUGCCCGGGGCCAUUAUGAGUCCCAGGGCUGAGGUAGAGAUGGAGGGCGGGGCUGGUCUGGCCGGGAUGCACUCUGACACCUGUGACAUCACAGCACCUGUGUCACAAUGGGUGCAGCUAGCAACAUUAGGAGCAGGUGACGCUGGCCCAGCACAGCCUCGGCGAGCGGCGAGUGUGCACGCAGACGGGAGGCUGUGCUGAACGCCGAAGGAGGACGCCGACGGCAGAAACGCGAGUACCCGGGCAGCCGGGUCUCAGCGGGCAUCCAGAGGCCACGCUCUGGCAGGAGCACCUUUGCCAGGGCGCGGUGCCGCUGCCGGGCCAGCGGCGCAGGCCUUGCAGCCUGCCAGCUGCCUGGCCCCCCUCCUCUUGCCUGCUUUCAGAUCCCCGGGGGCUCCUGUCCCCAUUUCCCUUAUCAGUACCCCCUUUCCCAUCCCCACUCGAGCCCUGCAAAGCACCUGAGGCCAUGCUGGCCACGGCAUUUCUCCUCUGGCUUGCGCAAGGCCUCAUCCAGUACCCGCAGCAGGCUGGGGACAGGCUGGAUGAGGCCUCACGGGAGCGCAUGCAGCAGCGUGCUGAGUAUCUGAACCAGCAGAUGGUUCAGCUGCUUGAGGAGCUGGAGCAGAAGAACCUGGAGCAGAGUGGUGGUGCCUGGGGAGCCCUGCUGGUCUGGCAGUUCUGGGCUCUAACUGGAAUCAUGGUCCUUCUUGUGGCCCUGUGGUUUGGACUCGGGAAAAUCAGACGCAAUCCCGACAACAGUGGCGUCAAGAAGAGGUCCAGCAGCAACUUGGUGGAGGAAGAAGUUGAAGGAGAAGGAGGAGAAGAAGAAGGAGGAGACACCAUUGUUGCAGAGAAAGAAAUAGAAAGCACCCCUGUGGAAGAAGGCACUAUGGAUGGAAAUGAAGAAGGCAGCAACGUUGAUGCAAAGGCAGAAAGCAGUGCUGGAAAUGAAGCAGAAGAAGGCAAUGAGGACGCAACAGGAGGAGUAAACCAGGGUGAGAAGUUUGAGGAAGCCAAUGCAGCUGGAAAUCAGGAAGAAGAUAAAGAAGGAGGCAGAGGCAACACAGCGGCAGAGAGAGAAAUCAAAAGCAACAAUGCAAAUGUGGAAGAAAACAUGAUGGAUGGAAAUGAAGAAGGCAGCACCAUUGAUGUAAAGGCUGAAAGCAGCACUGGAAAUGAAGCAAAAGACGGCAAUGAUGAUGCAAAAGAAGGAGUAAACCAUGGUGAGAAUUUUGAGGAAGCCCAUGCUGCUGGAAAUGAAGAAGAAGAUAAAGAAGAAGAAGAAGAAGCAGAAGCAGAAGAAGAAGCAGAAGAAGAAGAUAAAGAAGCAGAAGAAGAAGAAGAAGAAGAAAAAGGAGGACACAGCACUGUUGCAAAGGAAGAAAUCGAAAGCAACGACGCAAAAGUGGAAGAAGACAAUAAGGAUGGAAAUGAAGACGACAAUAACGUUGAUGCAAAGACAGAAAGCGGUGCUGGAAAUGAAGCACAAAAAGGCAACGAUGGUGCAAAGGAAGAAAUAAACCGUGGUUUAAAGGAGGGCGAGGAAGCCAAUGCUGCCGGACUGGAAGAAGACAAACGGGAUGCAAAGAGAGAAGACGACGGCCACAGUAUCAAGGGGAACCUCGCAAGGCCUUUAGAAGAGCGCAUAGAGUUGCAUGUAGUGGACCUGGACAAAGGCUGCUCGCUGGUAGUGGAGCUGAUGGACAAGCUGAGAGACAUCUUUGGACAAGACUUUUCCAACUAUUUCUACCCGGUGCCACAACAAGCCAUCGGAGUGGGCAGUGCCUUUGAAGGCUGGAGUCCCCAUGCACAAGAUGUUGUGUACCGUGUGCUUGUACCCCUGAGUCCCCCUCCAGGACACGCCUUCCACCUGGAGCUGGACGCCGCAGGGAUGCUCCAGAGGAACUCGCGUGUCCGUGUGGAGCUGCUGUGCACCUGCAGAGGGGAGCAGCUGCGGGAGGACAUGCUGUGCUUCCUCCACCACUCCGAGGAGGAGCUGAGAAGGAAGCAGGACCCCAGCCUCCUGCAGACCCUGUGCACUGGCUCCUACCUAGACGUGGAGAAAACUGUCCAGUGGUUCUACCGAUCUGUGAGAGCAGCCCGGCUGCUUUUGCCUGCGUCCUGCCACUGGCAUUUAAUGUUGCAGCCCUGCAGCCGCUCCUGUAAAUUUCAGCUCAGCAAAGACACAGAAAGCUUCACGGUGGAGGUGAUCUUUGGGGUGCAGCAAGGAGACACAGAUAUCUUUGUGGGCAGCCAGCCUGCAGAAGUAGGCACGCCAAGCACAACGUGGCGCGAGACUUACGCCGUGGCAGAGGCAAAAUUCUUCAGGCACGUUUCCGGGCAGGCUCCCCAGGACAGCUGGCACUGCAAGUGCCUGCAGCUCCUCAGCUGCUUCCCGAUGGGCGGAGGUUUUUCCAGCUACGCCUUGAAGACUGUGGUGAUGCACCUCCUGAGCACCGUACCCCCGACACGCUGGGGCAGGAGGGACUUCCGUCAGCGACUGAUGGAUAUCCUGAAGUACCUGCGGUGCUCGCUGGAGACAAAGCAACUUCACCACUUUGUCAUAGGCAAUGAGAAGUUUCCCAGGGAGAUCAAAUUGCCCUCCGGCUUGCGGCUGGCUCAGCCACCCAACCUCUUAGCCCCUGGCGAGCAGCCCGGAAGCCCACACGAAGGCCGUGCAGGAGUACAUCCGCCUGCUGCAUCGGCUCAAACAAGUGCGGAUCUACGGCCAUUGAAAGGGAUCUCCCUGCACAGAGCUGUGCUUGUGGGGCCUCUUGGCAGACCCUCUAGAUAUUAACCUCCCGUAGUUAGUGUAGUUUUACAGUACAUAUUAACACCCCAUAGUCAGUGCAUUUGCUGCACGUAUUACAGCCCCGUAAGUAGUAAUUUUACCAUAUGUAUUAGGACCCUCUAGGUAGUGAAAUUACCAGAUAGACUGGGACACUUUAGGUGGCCCUUUUCCCGUAGAUAGUAAUACCCCCUAGAUAGUGAAUUCAGCAUUCCAGACCCUUCUUUGUUAUUGUUUCAAUAAACACGUCUAUUCCUUAAA